AUGACUUGCUGUGUAUGCAUGCAAAUUACACAACCCAGAAGCACCGGUGAGAAGACGACACCCACCGAAAAGGAGACGGGCAAAAGCAACCUUAAUCUUACGGCGGAUGAACUGAAGCAGGAAGGCAACCGGUGUGUUAAAGCGGGCAGUUUUACGGAAGCGAUCCUGCACUACACCCAUGCCAUCAAGCUCAGUCCAGCCGAUGCCAUACUGUACAGCAAUCGAUCGUUGGCGUUCUGUAAGCUGCAACAGUUCUACUACGCAAAUGAGGACGCCGAUAAGGCGAUCGCGUUGAAUCCGGCCUGGGCGAAAGGGUAUUACCGGAAGGCGGAAGUCAGCAUGGGUGUGGGCCAGUACGAAACGGCGCUGCUUUCGUACGGGAAGGCACUACAGCUACAACCGCAAGACAUGGGUAUCAUUCAGGCCGCCCGGAAAGCUGCCACAUUAGGCAAUGCCGAACGGGAGAAGGAGAAACGGUCGCCCUUCAUUGGUAGCGCCAUCGGUUGUGCUGUCGGGUUGUGCAUCGUGUUGGCCGACAUGUUACUAACGGAAAAUCCGACCAUUAAGUACACUUCGUUAAUGGUGUUCAUCAUAAUGGUAAUCACUAGCAUGGGGUUCGGAAUAGCAAAACUAGUUUGGUACUACAAAAAACUGCAACGGAAAGGUCUGCUUGAUCCGCCCAUCGAUUUACUAGAAGAUUUUCAAAAGCAAAAGGAAACUGAAGAUGCACCACCAACGGGAGAACAACGCCACGAACGAAACCGAUACACAAAAGCACAAGCAAGACAGCGCCUGAAAAAGGCGAAAACAUAA